CUGGUUAUUCAGUCACUAAUUGUUAAUUGAUUGUAUACGUCAGUGCUGAAUAGUACUCGCAGAUGUCCCUGUCGCAAGAAGCCGCCUCAUGGCUCUCGCCGCCAGCUGUGCAGCUCUCUCCUUCGCCACAGCCUGGAGAUAAAGCUCCCUCUUGCCCAGAACUGCCCCUCCCAGCCGACAACAACAGACCAACCAUCGUCUCGUUCCUCAGGCACUGUGGAUGUCCUGUGGCGGAAGCAACUUUUCUUGAGUUGCGCGCUGCCGCUGAGAGUCACCCCGAGAUCAAUUUUGUCGCAGUGUCGCAUAGCGACCAGCCAUCAACGGAGAAAUGGUUGGAGUCUAUUGGAGGAACCGGCGAGUCUGGCUCUAACCCCCUGACGGUCAUCGUCGAUGCUGAGCGCAAGAUCUAUGCGCAAUGGGGCCUAGGCGUGACUUCUUGGGGCCAUGUCCUGAGUCCAGCUGGACUUCUAGCUAUCGGAAAGUUGGGGUGGGAAAGAGGGAUCUGGAAUAGGCCUACCGAGAGUGGUAGUCGAUGGCAGUUGAGUGGCAAUUGGGCGGUUGACGCCGAAGGAGGAGUGCGCUGGGGAGGACCUGUGAAGCGAGCUGAUGAGCUGAUAGAUAUUGAACAGGCAAUUUAUAGCAUCAAAGCUUGAUUCUAUAUCUUGCC